GAAAUGAGGUGUCAAAUCCUGCCGUUUCUCGAAAGAGCACAAGGCUUUCAUCAGGGUGCCUUACCGAUGACUAAAUUACUCCGAACUCUCAGGGGCGGGAAAGAUCCUCAACUUAGGAACAAGGUUCUUCAACCUGUCCAUGCAGUAUGUCCUUCUGCAGUGCAUACCAGAAAUGAGCGGACAUGACCGUUGAUUCACCUGUUGCGGGUAAGUGCGCUGCUCUAACAACACGACAGCUCGCUUCACAAUGAUAUCUCCAGAUUGGUUUGUUGCCUACCGUUUGCCAGUCCAUUCCCAUGCUUGACCCGAGUGCGAGAGAGAGGGCGUUAACAAUCAUAUUAACGUUCAUUAUGCCAUCCGAAGGUAUGACGAUUCUGGGGCUGCCCAUCGCCUUAUGGGUCGUGCUAGCAACAGCACUAUAUGCUGCUACCGCGUUCACGCAAAAUGCCGUGAAGCUCAGGAAGAUCCCGGGCCCGUGGUCCUACGCGGCAACGACCUACAGAUUGGCUUUGGAUGCAUGGCAGGCACGUUCAGUCCACGCUAUCCUGGAUUUGCAUCGACGUUAUGGCCAUGUCGUACGUAUUGGACCAAAAGAGGUGUCUUUCAACAGCUUGUCCGCGUUGAGAACCAUCUAUGGCGCUGGAAGUGGGUUUGAGAGAACCGACUUCUACCGUAUGUUCGAUGUCUAUGGGCGACCAAAUCUCUUUACUUUCGGCUCCGGCAAGCUACACCGCGAACGUAAGAAGCUGGUCAGCCAUAUCUACGCCAAUCAAACGGUGCUGGGAUCCGAAUUCUCUGGCAUGGUGCAAAGAAAGGUCGGAGAAUAUCUUGGUCUGCUCGAAAAAGAGCCAGGCCACGCCAGCGAGAUAUUCCGGAGUCUGCAUUAUUUCUCGUUCGACGCCAUUUCUGAGUUUGUUUAUGGCCCAGAUCACGGGGGCACGACUGCCUUGACUGGAUGCAGACAGUCUCAAGGCUUGAUCCAGGACAUUCUCAACCCCGCUAGAAGGAGACUGGCCUGGUUUGCCGUGCAUUUCCCGGCAUACACGAAAUGGAUCACUACCCGAACAGGAGUCUUGGAGAGACUGUUGACUUCACUUGGUUUGAUGCCCAUGAAGAAACCCUUUACAUACUCUGGUAUCCGUCAACACGCUUUGCAAGCAUUUCACCGGUUCAAACAGGCUCCAAAAGAGGUGCAGGCAAAAGCCGCCGAGACCACUGUGAUCGGUCGUCUGUUCAAAGUGCGCGAGGAGGCCAACUUGUCGGAUAUGGACAUUGCAUCAGAAUGCGCCGACCACCUCCUAGCCGGAAUCGAUACAACAGCCGACUCACUGAUGUUCAUGAUCUGGGCUUCGUCUCUGCCUCAGAACAAACAAUGUCAAGAGAAAUUAAGGGAAGAAGUGUUGCAGAUUUCCGUCGCCGAUCAAAACGGGAUUCCCACGCCCAAAGAUCUGACGCACCUCCCAUAUCUGAACGCUGUCGUGAAAGAAGCACUGCGCCUGUACUCACCGCUCCCUGCAUUCGAGCCUCGCGUGUCGCCGACAGACACGCUCAUUGACGGGUUCGAGAUUCCGGCGGGCACAAUCGUCGGCAUGUCCCCAUUCUGUCUGCACAGAGACGAGGCUGUCUUCCCCGAUCCCCUGUCCUUCAGGCCGGAGCGGUGGUUGACGCCCGGUGGCGGCACCCUGGUCCCUGAAAGCGACCUCAAGAACAAAUAUUUGUGGGCGUUCUCGAGUGGUGCGCGCAUGUGUAUCGGGAUGCACCUGGCCAAUGCCGAGAUGUUGACGAUGCUGGCUGCGUUGUACCGGAAGUACAGCACGACAGCAAAACACCCGGACACGUCACCCGGUAUCACGAGCCGGUUCGAGGUCUUUUACGACGAAAAUGCGCCUAAAAUGGAGGAGCAUGAGUGUUGGAUUGAUUUCAAGAAAUUGGUCGACGGUGCAGCCACCGAAUGAGGGUUGACAUUCAAGAGGCCUGGUGACCAAGCCACGUGUAUGCAGUAUCAGCCAGACAGACAUCAAAAUCAUCGCUACCUAAUUUCAACUACUACACAGUGGUACUUGCAAGUCAGAGCGGGAUCUGGAUCUGUUACGCGAACUACCACAGACCAGUGACCACGAUACUCGUUUCCAGCCCUCACUGAUCAAGCAGUUCGAUUGGAAAUAAUCCUGAAUUGUGCGCGUAGAUGGCAAUCUGCAUGCACUUUGCCGACCGCGUAUGCAGGUUCAUUCCGAAUAGGUGAUCACCACCACUCUCAAGUCACUCCACGAAACAACAACAACACUACUACUGCGUACCUGUCACACAAGGACGAAAAUCUACUUGACGGACGCCUGUGUGCUUUUCUAUUGCUCAAAACACAAAUUGGAGAGGCCCGGGAAGAUACAUCAACAACGGUUUGACGUGGCGCUACCGCCUC